AUGGGUGGACUUUUUUUGCAGCUCUUGGUCCUUCUGCCUGUGGGUGUGGUGGUAGCAGAUGUGGCCAUAGAAUUCUCUCUGAUGGAGUGGCAAUUCUUGGACACUGCACGGUGGAAUUUAUAUAGGAACAUGAUGUUAGAGAACUACAGGAAUCUGGUCUUCCUGGGUAUUACUGUCUCUAAGCCAGACCUGAUCACCUGUCUGGAGCAAGAAAAAGAGCCCUGGAAUACGAAGAGACAUGAGAUGGUGGAUGAGCCCCCACGAAUGUGUUCUCAUUUCACCCAAGACUUUUUGCCAGAGAAGAACAUAAAAGAUUCUUUCCAAAAAGGAACACUGAGAAGAUACAAAAAAUGUGGAGAAGAAAUUUCUUUAAAAGAAGGCUAUAAAAGUGUGGAUGAGUAUAAGGUGCACAAAGAAGGUUAUAAUGAACUUAAGCAAUGUUUGCCAACUACCCAAAGCAAAAUAUUUCAAUUUGAUAAAUAUGUGAAAGUCUUUGAUAAAUUUUCACAUUUAAAUGCACAUAAGAUAAGACAUACUGAUAAGAAACCUUUCAAAUUGAAUUUUUACAAAUGUGAAGAAUGUGGAAAAGCCUAUAACAGAUCCUCAACCUUUACUACGCGUAAGAGAAUUCAUACUGGAGAGAAACCUUACAAAUGUGAAGAAUGUGGCAAAGCUUUUAACCAGUCUACAAAACUUACUAGACAUAAGAGAAUUCAUACGGGAGAGAAACCCGACAGAUGUGAAGAAUGUGGCAAAGCCUUUAAUCAUCCCUCAAACCUUACUGCACAUAAGAAAAUUCAUACUCGAGAGAAACCCCACAAAUACAUAAGAGAAUUCAUACUGGAGAAAAAACCCUACAAAUGUGAACACUGCUGCAAAGCUUUUACGACUCUGCAACCCUUACUAGACAUAAGAGAAUUCAUACUGGAGAAAAAACCAUACAAAUGUGAAGACUGUGGCAAAGCUUUUACAUACUCUACAACACUUACUAGACAUAAGAUAAUUCAUACUGGAGAAAAAAUAUAUAAAUGUGAAGAUGGAGAAAAAAUAUAUAAAUGUGAAGACUGUGGCAAAGCUUUUAACAAAUCCUCAAUGCUUACUACAUGCAAGAAAAUUCACACUGGAGAGAAACCAUACAAAUGUGAAGAAUGUGGCAAAACUUUUACAGACUCUGCAACCCUUACUAGACAUAAGAGAAUUCAUACUGGAGAAAAACCACACAGAUGUGAAGAGUGUGGCAAAGCUUUUAACAAAUCCUCAACACUUACUGCACAUAAGAGAAUUCAUACUGGAGAGAAACUGUACAAAUGUGAAGAAUGUGGCAAAGCUUUUAACCAUUCCUCACACCUUACUACACAUAAGAGAAAUCAUACCGGAGAGAAACUGUGCAAAUGUGAAGAAUGUGGCAAAGCUUUUAGCUGA